GAGAGGAAAUAGAAGGCAAUGGAUAUGUUGAGCAGAAGAGAUUCAAUAUGUGUGGCGCUGAUGCUGUUGGCUGCAUUCUGUGUGAUGCAGAUUAACGCAGAAACCAAGACAUGCACCAACAGAAGGAGCCCAUGCUUCUUGAAGAGGAUUCAAUGCCCAGCUCAGUGCCCUUCUUCCUCGCCCUCUGAUCCAAAGGCCAAAAUCUGCUAUGUUGAUUGUGAUUCUCCAAUCUGCAAGGCUCAAUGCAAAAGACGCAAACCAAACUGCAAUGGGCGUGGAUCUGCAUGCUUGGACCCUCGUUUUGUUGGCGCAGAUGGGAUUGUGUUUUAUUUCCAUGGAAGGAAGAACGAGCAUUUCUCCUUGGUAUCAGACACCAACCUGCAAAUCAAUGCCCGUUUCAUCGGUCUCCGGCCGGCCGGCCGGUCUAGGGACUACACUUGGAUUCAAGCACUGGGAAUCCUCUUUGACUCUCAGAAAUUCUCCAUUGAAGCCACCCCAGCAGCAACAUGGGCUGAUGAAGUUGACCACUUGAAGCUCUCUUACAAUGGACAAGAACUCAUGAUCCCAGAAGGUCAUUUCUCUGUUUGGGAAUCCCCAGAGAAAAAAAUUAGGGUGGAGAGAACUUCAAGCAAGAACAGUAUCUUGCUUACUACUGAAGUUGCAGAGAUUUCCGUCAAUGUUGUUCCUGUGACCAAGGAAGACAGUAGAAUCCAUAACUAUCAGAUACCUGAAGAUGAUUGCUUUGCUCACCUGGAGGUGCAAUUUAAGUUCCAUGGCUUGUCACCUAAAGUUGAAGGAGUUCUUGGAAGGACUUACCAGCCGGAUUUCGAGAAUCCGGCGAAGCCGGGCGUGGCAAUGCCGGUGGUCGGAGGGGAAGACAAGUACAGAACAACUUCACUUCUUUCUGCGGAUUGUGGGGUGUGUUUGUUCUCCCCUGCUCAAGCUUUUCCAGAGAAGAUAGAGCCAGUGACGGAACAUGAGACGUUAGACUGCAGAGGUGUUGCCAACAGUGGGAAUGGUAUAGUCUGCAGAAGAUAAACAAAAUCUGGAAAUCACCAUUGGUGAUUCUGGAAUAAUUAUAUGUUUGAAUAUUUAUUAAGAAAAUAUUUAUCUACGUUAAGUUUCGUGGUUUGA